GAGUUCCACCCCUUCAUCGAAGCACUGCUCCCCCAUGUCCGGGCCUUCGCCUACACCUGGUUCAACCUGCAGGCCCGCAAGCGCAAGUACUUCAAGAAGCACGAGAAGAGGAUGACAAAGGACGAGGAGAGGGCGGUGAAGGACGAGCUGCUGAGUGAGAAGCCCGAAGUCAAGCAGAAGUGGGCCUCACGCCUCCUGGCCAAGCUGCGCAAGGACAUCCGGCCCGAGUGCCGCGAGGACUUCGUGCUCUCCAUCACGGGCAAGAAGCCCUCGUGCUGCGUCCUCUCCAACCCCGACCAGAAGGGCAAGAUGCGCCGCAUCGAUUGCCUGCGGCAGGCGGACAAGGUAUGGCGGCUCGACCUCGUCAUGGUCAUCCUCUUCAAAGGGAUCCCGCUGGAGACGGCGGAGGCCCGGGGCAGGUCGGGCCAGUGCCCCACCCCCACCCUCUGCGUCCAGCCCCACCAUAUCAGCGUCUCCGUCAAGGAGCUCGAUCUCUACCUGGCCUAUUUCGUCCGCGAGAGAGAUUCAGAACAGAGCAGCAGUCCCAGGACGGGCAUUGGCUCGGAUCAGGAGGACAGUAAACCCAUCACAUUGGAUUCGACAGACUUCCAGGAAAGCUUUGUGACCUCGGGGGUGUUCAGUGUCACCGAGCUCAUCCAGGUGUCCCGAACACCGGUGGUGACAGGCACAGGGCCAAAUUUCUCCUUGGGGGAGCUACAGGGUCACCUGGCCUACGACCUGAACCCCUCAAGCACAGGCAUGAGAAGGACGCUACCGAGUACCUCCUCCAGCGGGAGCAAACGGCACAAGUCUGGCUCCAUGGAGGACGACAUAGACACGAGCCCGGGGGGAGAGUACUACACCUCGUCCAACUCACCCACGAGUAGCAGCCGCAACUGGACAGAAGACAUGGAAGGGGGCAUCUCCCCCACCGUGAAAAAGACGGAGAUGGACAAGUCACCUUUCAACAGCCCAUCACCCCAGGACUCCUCGCCGAGGCUGACCAGCUUCACACAGCACCACCGUCCCGUCAUUGCGGUGCACAGCGGUAUCGCUCGAAGCCCGCACCCUUCAUCUACUCUGCAUUUCUCCACCACCUCGAUUCUCCCCCAGACGGCCUCCUCCCUCGCUCCCACCAUCGCCGCCCCCCCUGGGCCUGUCCUACUCUGCACCAGGCACGCCCCCUGCGAACCGUUCCUUCCUCUCGUUUGUUCCCCAGCCUACUCUGCACCAGGCACGCCCCCUGCGAACCGUUCCUUCGUGGGAUUAGGACCAAGGGAUCCUGGGAGUAUCUAUCAGGCACAGUCCUGGUACCUGGGAUAAUCGCAGCUGUGCCACCCCUUCGCCUCCCUUCUCCUCUGCUUUAGGCACCCUGAGAGGAAAAACCACGUCCCAGAGCACCAGGCCCAGCCUUUCGGUGAAGACGGAGAGCGCGAACUAACGACGACGACGACAAACAAAACCCAUAACGGAAGGAAAGAGAGAGGGAAAGGAAGAAGUAAAAGGUUCAAACUUUUUUAAAAAGAAAAAACAAAACA